CAUCUCGUGAGAGUUAACAACGCAGGGUAUUCACCUAAAUUUACCAGAAUUGGAUUGGUGAAGAUGGAUCAGCUAGUUGAUAGCUUCGCGAUUAAUACAAUUGGACCAAUUAUGUUAACUAAGGCUUUGCUAACCCUUCUGAAAAAAGCAGCUGAAGCAAACUCAGCUGAGCCAAUGGGAAGCAACAAAGCUGCCGUUGUAAAUAUGUCCUCGAUAUUGGGUUCCAUAGCCCAAAAUACUGAUGGUGGAUUUUAUCCUUACAGAUGUUCAAAGGCAUCUUUAAAUAUGGCUACUAAAUCAAUGAGCAUAGACUUUAAGAACGAUGGUAUUCUGGCUACUUGUGUGCAUCCUGGAUGGGUGCAAACUGACAUGGGUGGUGCUAAUGCACCCAUGUCCGUUGAGGACAGCUGUGGCCAUUUGGUGAAAUUCAUUGACAAUUUAAGCGAGGAACAUAAUGGGGGAUAUUUUCAAUAUGAUGGGAAAGCUCUUCCUUGGUAACACGUUGGAGAUACAGUAUUUGUGCUAGUUUUUAAGUUUAAAGUUUUAAGUGUAACUUUUAUUAUACAUUUAUCGCAA